GACAGCGGAGGUGCCCGAACAGUACCGAACCAGCAUCGCAUAAGCCCUCACUCCCGCCCGACCAAACAUUAUUGACCAUUUCCUUUAAUAUUUCCACUAAAACGCACUGUCUGCCGAUAAUACUGCCGAAAUUAUGAAACUAUAAGUGUUGUUAAAGUGAUUUAGUGAAAUUUUAUUACAAUAUACACAAACCUGCUUCUCAAAUCGUGUCACUGUGUCAAUAGAUAAUAUGGACAUAAUAAACAUAACGUCGUUAGCGGCCGCUAAUGGAUUUCUUUAAUCAUCACUAAUUAGAGAAGAGUCGCACAAUCGUAACUACAAGGAGCUAUUAGUGUCUUCGGAUCACAAACAAGAGGUAGGAGAGAACCUGUGGAUGAAAAAGCCGUUUGAUUUCACGAGAGCUAUGCCGACAUCCGCUCAUGAGAACAUCGCCCUCCUGAACAUGAUGUCUUCGGAUAACCUUGAGGAUGACUUAAAGAGUGUCCAACUCCAUUUCCCAUCUGAUAGAAGAUUGCAAAGCGACGGCGCAUGCGUGGAGGAGAGGGUCAGAACCUCCCGCGGGGAUAUCCUUGUGGCAGUUCGAGGCGACCGCAAUAAACGGGCCAUACUUACCUAUCAUGACCUUGGACUCAAUUAUGCCGCCAAUUUUCAAGCGUUCUUUAAUUUUGUCGACAUGAGAGCUAUUUUAGAAAAGUUCUGUAUCUACCAUGUGAAUGCUCCGGGUCAGGAAGAGGGUGCACCAACACUUCCGGAAGAUUAUACCUACCCAAGCAUGGACGCAUUAGCGUCUCAAAUUGAUUUUAUUCUCGGUCAUUUCGGGAUCAGGUCAUUCAUCGGUUUCGGUGUAGGAGCCGGUGCAAAUAUUUUGGCGCGUUAUGCCCUCGCCCAUCCUCAAAAAGUCGAUGCACUUGCUCUAAUUAACUGCACAUCCACCCAGGCAGGCUGGACUGAAUGGCUUUACCAAAAAAUAAAUACUAGACAACUACGGGCCAAUGGAAUGACGCAGGGAGCGCUGGAUUACCUUAUGUGGCACCACUUCGGCCGGAGUACCGAGGACCGUAACCACGAUCUUGCUCAAGUAUACAAGGAGUGCUUCUCUCACGUCAACUCUGUUAACUUGUCCAUGUUUAUUGACGCGUAUUUACGUCGCACAGAUCUUAGUAUCGCACGAGAGAGCAACACAAUAAAAGUGCCAGUCUUGAAUGUUACUGGGGCUUUGUCUCCCCAUGUUGAUGAUACCGUAACAUUUAACGGGAGACUCGAUCCAACCAAGACGUCCUGGUUGAGCAUCUCCGACUGCGGCAUGGUGUUGGAAGAACAACCAAACAAAAUAGCAGAAGCGUUCAAACUCUUCCUCCAGGGAGAGGGUUACUGCAGGUAGUCAGGUUGAUGGGAAGACAACGUAUUGAACGCAGCGCUAUCCAUUAGAUUGCACAUGUUGCUUUCACGCAAGCUUUAACACUGAUGUAGACACAUUGGAGACGUAGACGAAUGUUGAUUCUUGUUUUAAGAUGUUUACGGAAAUAAAUUUUAUUUUAUGGCUUA